AUGGCGUCGCAGCGACCAGGCUUCCUGCGCACGAAUACUGAACAGCAUGGUGGACCAAGCAUUGAACUUGGAGAGAUCGAUCCCAAGAAGUCUCAUGGCUCACCCGAGUUUCAUGAUGCGGACGAGAAGGUCGGCACGACUAUGGAUGUCGAGCCAGCCUACGAUGAUGCACCACCGGAGUACGAAGAUGCUGGAGAUGGAUUCCACAAAGUCACUGCGCCUGUUGAGACGGCCAAAGAUCUCGUCACCCAGGUGCUGCACGUCGACGAUGAUCCGACAUUGAACCCAUACACGUUUCGUGUCUUCUUCUUGGGCGUUGGACUAUCCAUCUUUGGCUCCGUCCUCCAGGAGAUCUUCUACUUCAAGCCGCAAACGAUCUACGUAUCGGUGGUCUUCCUCUGUGUCAUUGGAUAUGUGCUCGGAGAGGUAAUGGCGGCUGCUAUUCCACGAAAGGGCGUACUUCGCUACCUCAACCCGCAUCCCUUCAACAUGAAGGAGCACGCAGCCAUCACGCUCAUGGCCUCCGCCGCCGCUCAGACUGCAACUGCCACCGAGGCGCUUGCAGCUCAACAAUUGUUCUACGGUGGCUACCCAUCUCGAGCGGCCGGGAUUUUCGUGGUGCUGUCCUCUCAACUAAUCGGCUACGGACUUGCUGGCUUGCUCCGCGAUGUACUCGUUUAUCCCACGAAGAUGUUGUGGCCUAUCAACCUUCCAGUUGCCACCCUACUCGAGACCCUCCACCGUGAUAAGGUGGAGACGAGGCGUAGAUUGAAAAUCUUCUACAUCGUCUUUAUUUGCAUCUUUGUGUGGGAGGCUUUCCCGGAAUAUAUAUUCACCGUGCUGACGGGUUUCUCCGUGUUUUGCUUGGCGGAUCAGAACAACCUCGUCUUCACCAACCUAUUUGGCGGUGCAUCUGGAAAUGAAGGUCUCGGCUUCUUGUCGACUGGAACUAUAUUGCAGGGAAGUGUAUCUGUGAACACUCAGAUCAACCAAUUGGUCGGUAUCUGCGGCUGUUACAUUCUGUUCAUGGCUGUCUAUUACGGCAACAUAUGGCGCUCCUACGACUUCCCCUUCCUCUCACAAGAGCUGCUGGACGGCUCCUCCAACUCCACAAACUAUGUGACCUGGAACCAGUCAGCAGUUUUGACGGCGGACUUCCUGAUUGACCAGGACGCUCUCAAGGCUCAGGGGAUCCCGUAUCUGACAGGAAGCUAUAUCGUCUAUCUCAUUACGAGUAACAUGGGUCUGACGGCAGCACUGACGCAUAUGUUCAUCUGGAAUCGUGACGACAUCAGGGCCGGAUGGGCCUGGGCGAAGCCUGCCAAUCUCAAGCGGCUUCUUCGUGCCGACACCUGGAAGUUCUGGCAGAGAGGCGAGACUCCAGAAGAACGCUUCGCUCGCAAACAAAACGACCCGGAUCUCGAUCCGCACUACAAGCUCAUGAUGAGGAAUUUAUACAAGGAAACACCUAUGUGGUGGUGGGGUGCAGUCGUGAUCAUCUCGUGGGUCGCAGGUGUCGCGGCAUUAUACGGAAUGAGGUCAACCCUGCCGUGGUGGGGCUUCCUUAUCUCUACCAUCCUCACAUCAAUCUUCCUUCUCUUCUUCGGCGCGCAGAUGGGCAUUACUGGCUUCCAGUUCAACACUCAGCCUAUCUGUCAAAUGCUGGCGGGCUACAUGUUCCCCGGACGCCCACUCGCAAACUUCUACUUCACUUGCUACACCUACAACUCUCUCCAGAUGGGCCAGCUCCUGGCCAAAGAUCUGAAGCUUGCCCAAUACGCUCAUUUACCACCAAUGUGCACUUUCAUUGUGCAGAUCUCCGGCUGUCUAGUUGGAGCAUUAUUCAACUGGGUAAUGAUGGUCACUAUCGUCGAGAAUCAGGCCACCAUCCUUACCUCCAUCCAGGGCAGUAACAUCUGGUCAGGCCAGAAUAUCCAGCAGUUCAACACCUUGGCAAUUGCCUGGAGUAUUGCAGACGACAUGUUCUCCGUCGGUGCUAGGUAUCAAUGGGUCACUCUAUCCUUCCUCGUGGGCUUCGUUGCCCCCAUCCCGCUAUGGCUGGCCUAUCGAUAUACGAAGUGGUGGCCAUUCGAGUACUUUAACACUUCCAUCAUUCUCUGGUAUUUUGGCAAUUUGUUCGUCGGCAUCAACUCCAGUUUGACCAGUUUCUUCAUUAUCGGCAUCGUUGCUCAAUAUUACAUCCGAAAAUACAGGCCUCUAGCAAGUCAGCUCAAUUUCCUGUCAAUCUUCCGACUAUGCUCACCUAUCCUCUAG